CCAUUACUAUUCAUCUAUUUGGAACCAUGCCAUUACUAUUUCAUCUGUACCCGGCUUGUGCCAUUUUGUACGCUUGACGCGGCUUUGGGCCCACAUGCAGACCGUACGCGACAUAUUCUACUGCUUAGGGCCCACUUGCAGACCGUAUGGCUCAAGGUGCCGCUGGCUAAGAACGAGCCAAGGGAGAGCGGCCUCAUCCAUUCUCCUUCGUUGACCGACUGCGCUGCCCCUCGCGUACGGCGCCGCCCCUCGCCACCGCCGUCGCCAUCGCUGCCGCUGCCUUUCCUUCUUCUCCGGCACCGGUGUGAAGCCCAGCAUGAGUGAGGGUUCCACCGCUUCGGGCCGGUCCGUGUUCGGGAGCUAGGGGAACCGGCUCCGGCUGGAGGACUGCCCCAACUGUGGAUGCCGCCUGAUCUGUAUCCGCAGCAAGCAGCCAAAGACGUUCAAUCAGAUGUUUUUCAAGUGCCCUAACAACGUGAGGGGAGAUCCAAACACAUGUGGAUGGAUUCGGUCUGAGCAUCAGUACGAGACUUAUUUGCGUGUGCUGGAUGCACGGAAGCAGCAAUGUGGCGACCUCCAAGUCAUUGGAGACGCCAGGAUGCAAGCUCUGUUUGAGUUGAAGGACCAGUUUGUUGAGCUCAAGAACCAGUUUGAUGGGCUGAAAACUAAAAUUGAAGCAAUGAAGAUGCAGAUUUGGGAGCUCAGUCAGCAGCUCAGUGAGAGGAAGAAGACCUGGGUAGCUGUACUUGUUGCAUGUGUUGCUGUGGUUGGGUUGAUGGUGACAGUGUUGUGGAAGUGAGGCAGUGUUGUGUGAGGGGAAGGAUGCUUUUGUGAACUGCAAGUAGAUGACCUAGGAUGGUUUAGUGAACUGGAAGUAGCUAGGAUGCUUUUGUGAACUGGAAGUAGAUGAGCUAGGAUGCUUUUGGAAGCUUUUGAAUGGUGUGUAAAUAGAUGACCUACUUGCAGCUGAAGUUGUGUGUAAAUAUAUGACCUACUUUUAUGUGCAA